AAAUAUAACACCCUUACUUGUAUCAUUGCACGGGUUGGCACAUCCACAUGGCAACUUAAUGAAUUUUUGGAGGGUGUUUCUGUCGUUAGGUAUCACAGAUGCCAAAAUAUGAGAAGUUAGGACUUUGGAUAACAAUGUAGCAUAUUGAAUCAUAGUAUUUUAAAGCUUCCUACCAAAAUUCUGCUUACGCGGUUUCAUGAUCGGUGCCCAAGCUAGAGUAAAAGACGAGGGUUGAGGUAGGUUGACAGUCUUUGUCGAAUUAUGUGACAUAAAUCCUAUCAUAAAAAGGCUGACGAAUUUGAAAUCCAACAGAAUUCCGAAGUAUUUAAGAUUAUGAUGCAGAUUAGAAACUGCAAUAAAGGACAGUUCUCUAAGUUCAUCCCAAUAAAUUCUCCCAACUCCUGCUAAUUAGUCAAGAAAUUAUGCCUGUCAAUAUUUUCAAACUAAAAGCUCCUUUGUUUUGGCUUAGAUUUCUCCUCAAAAGCCUUUGUCAUGCACAUUUUCUACUGAGGAGAAUUACUUGUCCUCAAGAAUCCGAAUCGAAAUUUCAAAAGUAUUCUUGUUUUUCCCAUAAACAAGGUGAGCCUUUGGAUGCAACUUUGAUCUUUCAUAUGGAGGAAGCACUGUUAAAGUCGUCGUCUCUAUUUCCUUACUUCAUGCUGGUGGCGUAUGAAGCCGGUGGCCUCAUACGAGCUCUAGUUCUUUUUCUUUCCUAUCCAUUUGUUUGUCUAUUUAGCAAGGAAAUUGGGAUCAAGAUUAUGGUUUUAAUAUGUUUCUGUGGGAUAAAGAAAGCAAAUUAUCGGCUCGGAAGAUCUGUUCUGCCUAAGUUCUUUCUUGAAGAUGUCGGUUGUGAAGGCUUCCAAGUUGUGAUGAAGUACAAGAAAAAGGUAGCAGUGAGUGAUAUGCCUAAUGUGAUGGUUGAAGGAUUUUUAAGGGAUUGUUUGGAUGUAAAAGCUGUUGUUGGAAGAGAUUUGAAGGUGGUUUUGGGUUAUUAUGUGGGCUUAAUGGAGGAAAAGAGAGACUUGAAUAUUGUUAUGAAUGAGAUAAUUGGACAGGAAAAUAUGAAUCCUCUUCUAGUUGGUUUUGGUUCAGCCAACAAGUGUCUUAAUCAGCAAAUUUUUCCUCAUUGCAAGGAGGUAUAUUUGGUAACUUCAGCUGAGAAGACGGGCUGGCGAAUACUUCCACGGGGAAAUUAUCCAAAGCCAUUAAUUUUCCAUGAUGGAAGAUUGGCCUUUAGGCCGACGUAUUCUGCUACAUUGUCUAUGUUUGUAUGGUUACCAUUUGGUUUUCUCCUUAGCGUCAUUAGGCUGUUUGUCGCCUCAUUUCUACCUUACAAAGUAGCCAUCCCAAUCUUGGCCUUUUCCGGGAUGGUAGGUUCGGUAUCUAGACGACGUUCCAUAGAUCCCACGAUCUGGGAGGCAAAAACCCAAGGUGUAGUUUAUGUAUCGAAUCACAGAACACUUCUGGAUCCAAUCUACAUUUCAUUGGCACUCAUGAAACCAGUCAUUGCUGUUACGUACAGUAUAAGCAGAAUAUCGGAGCUUCUCUCACCGUUAAAAAGCAUUCGACUAACUAGGGAUCGAGCAAAGGACUUAAAAGUAAUGGGGGAAGUUCUUUCCCAUGGAAAUAUUGUAGUUUGCCCUGAGGGAACCACUUGCAGGGAACCAUAUCUGCUGAGGUUUAGCCCUUUGUUCGCUGAAUUGAGCGACGAUAUAGUUCCAGUUGCCCUCGACUCAAAGGUGAGCAUGUUUUACGGAACAACUGCAAGUGGAUACAAAACUUUAGAUCCUCUAUUCUUUCUCUUGAAUCCUCGUACGAUUUACACUGUCAAUUUUCUCGAGAAGUUACCAAAAUCCCACGCGUGUACCAGUGGUGAAUUAUCGAAGUUUGAAGUGGCCAAUUAUGUGCAGAAUGGGAUAGCAAAAGCCUUGGGAUUUGAAUGCACAAACCUUACAAGGAAAGAGAAGUAUAUGCUUUUAGCAGGUAAUGAAGGGACUCUCUGAAAAUUGAAACAAUCAACUAUUACUGAUGUCUACAAGUACAUUCUGCAAAAAGAAAAACUAUUCGAGUUUAUUAUUAUCAUCAUCAUCAUCAUCAUCAUCAUCAUCAUCAUCAUCAUAAUCAUCAAAAUUUCGUGAAAUCAUAAGUAAAAAUGCACGUUAACAUGUUGCACGUUAGUAUCAAUAAUGCCGUAACAUGUGAAUUUUCGACACUUCCAGCAUUUAUAGAGGUACGAAAAGUUGGACUUUUUAGCGUUUGAAAAUUAUACGAAAUCGAUGAAAGAUGACAGAUUCUUUCCCAUGUUGUUA